AUGCAGUCGAAGAGACUCGACAAGGCGCGAUACGACGUGGUGAUGUACUCUUACGCUGCCGCUACGUCGAAGUUCAUUGACUCUCGUGAACAGGACUCAACGUUCCUACGCUACUUGACCGAACAGCUUUCGAACAGUGACCAGUUUCGAUGCGUCUACGUUCUCAAA